AUGGCUUUGGUUGCCAAAGAGUCGGAACCAAUGGCUAUCCUGGAGGAACACAACGCUGAAUUCAAAGCUACCAACAGCAGUACAAACAGCCCAACUUUUGAUGAGAACGUAGCAAAAGAACCAACCAUGACGGAAGCGCCCAUCACUACAACGUCCGCCAAAGCGCCAACACUCGACGCGGCGACGGUCUCUACCUAUGAGUCCACGGUAUCGUCCAGCACUACUUCUACUAUGUUGUCCUUGCCGCCUCAACCAGUCACUCCGGAUGGAUCCAAGAGUUAUUAUCAUCGAGCUAGUACUUUGGAGGAGAAGGAAAACGAUCCCAACUCCCUGCGAACUGUUUCGAUGGACGAAGACGCACCCUAUUACCCGGGAAAGUCCUUUAUGAGAUAUCCCAAUGCGGAAGACUUGUCUUCCUCGGAUGAUGACUCUUCUUAUUUUGCCACACAGUUGCCAGCUCCCAACAGCCGUCGCGGCAGUUACAUGAGCAGUGCUUCCAACAACAAUAACAACUAUGUGGCGAAUAGUACCAACGAUGAAUCGAAUGCGUCCCUCUCCUUUUCGGAUGAUGAGAGCGAAGAGUUCUUUCCAAAUCCCCAUUUGGUACCAAGAAACAGUUACAAUGAUGAUGAGGAUCCAAUCACCAAGAUUCAUUCGUUGAGUAGCCUAGUCAGUUCGACCAGUAGCAGUGACAACCACGCAUCAAGAGCCGAAAGUACUUCGCCCCUUCCAAGACUUUUGGAUGGACGGCAUGCACCCAUUAUGGGACAAUAUUUCUAUCCCAGUCCAACGCCGACCAUGGCGUCCAACUCAUCUCCUCCGAUGAUUAUGCAGCAGGGAUAUCUUCCAUCGGGAGGAUCCAUGAUCCAUCAGCCACAACCACAAUUGGCACAACCGGGGUAUGGGUCGACCCUAUUGGCAUCCCAAUAUGCUGGGAAUGGACAACAACAUCACCAAGAACCACCAUUGACUACCACUACCUAUGGAACCAACCAACGCACUACACCAAAGGAUUCUUCUUUCUCGUCGGCAGGAGGUGGACGAUCCAUGGGACGUGGUAGUGGUGCACGAGCAAAUGCACCGGCACCAUCACAAGGUACUGGACCAACUGCCGGUGGUGGUGGUGGUGCGGAUACCAAGAGUGACUUGAAGAAGAAAUCUGCCACGGGUGGAUCUGGUGAUGCUCCUUCUCCCAGCGACGAUGACGGCGACAAGACCUUGAAGGUGUAUUGGCAGCGAUGGAUCAUGCUAAUGUACAUGUCCAUUUUGAAUUUACUUUCAGAUUGGACUUGUUAUUCCGUCGCGCCCAUUGCACUCUUGACGGAAAAGGCGUUUGGAGACAUUGACCCAGAGCGAUUGGUGGUGGUCUUUUUGGGAGCCAAUGCCGCUGCGUCGGCGUGUGAACCCAUUAUUCUUGCGCGAUUGGGAUUGCGAAAGACAGUCUUGUUUGGGUCCUUGCUACUCAUGAUUGGAAGUUUGGUCAAGAGUGGAGGUAUUCCUCCAAUUAUUCCUUCGGAUUUGAGAGUUGGACAAGAAGAGUGGAGAUUGUAUUUGGGAUUCUUUCUCGUGGGUCUAUCACAACCAUUGUAUCAAUGUACUCCCGCACUGUUGUCGGCCUCAUGGUUUCCGGAAGAGGAACGUACCAUGGCCACUGGUGUCGCUUUGAAUGCGAACCAGCUUGGAAUUGGAUUUGCCUUUGUGUUUGGAACUCUGUUGGUGUCUGAAGCCGAGGACAUUCCCAACUAUUUUGGGUUGCUGACUUUGCUUUCAACCAUUGUCUUUUUGGGAACCUUGAUUCAAUUUGAUGAUGCUCCUCCAACCCCUCCUUCGGCGUCAGCUCGUGUCAUGAGAGGCGAUAUGAAUUUGCCCAAAUUUGAAGACAUUAUGCAGUCGGUCCGAAACAUUGGUACACCUGAUGUCGCGGGAGGCGACAAUCCCCCUGUUUCCGCGCCCAGUCCUGCCAUGGAUGCGUUUGAUGCUGGUAAUCGGAAGACUAGUGGAAGCACAAGAAGAAGAGGCAACGCACAACGAUCUGUCAACAGUCUUUCUUCAGCUCCAUCCCCAGCAUUGGAGGGAUCCACUGCCAAGGCCAAGGCCCAAAUUGAAAGACUGAAGUAUGAGGCUUCCGUCUUUGGCGCUAUAGCACCUUCUCCCGCCAUGGAUGCGUCUGGUAACGAUCGACCCAACCCAGAAGAGUCGUCUUCUCUCUAUACUGAUGCCAAUCAAGAUCAACGCCCGCAACAAGGCUUGAAUGCGCCCCCUCCACAAUUUGGGGAGAAUGCAUCACAGGGGUAUCCUCCGCAAGGAAUGAUGCCACCACCUGGAAUCGCACCCUAUGGAGGCUUUCCUCCUGGCUACCAGCAACCUUACUGGGAUCCUCGAUAUCAACAGCAAAUGCAAAUGGACCCUCAAUACCAACAGCAAAUGCAAAUGGACCCUCAAUACCAACAGCAAAUGCAACAACAAAUGCAACAGCAACAAGCUGCUUACCAGCAAUUCUACUAUUAUCAACAGCAAAUGCAGCAGCAGCAACAACAAAUGCCGCCACAAAUGCCUCAAGCUCCUCCUAUGCCGUUCUACUAUCCCAACCCUUACUUGCAACCCCAAUCAUAUCCCAUGGCUGGUAAUAUGGACGAGGGUGCCGAGCCAGUCAUUACCUUAUCUCCACACCAUCUUGAUAUUGACAUUCGAGAUGAUCAAGUAAUCUUGUCCAUUCGCGCUUGUUUGUCGAGACCUGGUUUCAUCCAUGCUCUUGUUGCAUUCACAGUCUCGGGCAUUGUGAUCAACACCCUAUCCACCUACAUGGACUAUUUGGUCCGACUGAAUGGUGCACCGAGAUACUACACUGGAGUGAUUGGAGGAACCUUCCAGCUUAUGAUUAUGAUUUCCAGUUUGAUUAUUGGAAAGCAAACUGAUAAGACUCGCGCCUAUUACUCCGUUACCAUUGGUAUGUUGGUUCUUGGUGCCUUUGGACUUGCCGAGUGCGGCGUUAGUCUGGAUGAAAACAAAGGACGUGACUUGAGAUGGGCUCUUGUAAUUGUUGCCGUGCUUGUUGGUCCACUUCAGCCAGUAUCCACGGAACUUGGUGUCGAUGUGGCAUACCCGUUGAGUGAGAAUACUGUUUUGGUUAUCCAGCAGCUCUUUUCCAACCUGUUGAGCGCUCUCUUCAUUCCUCUUUUCAAGGCUUUGAAAGACGUUGGCAAAGGGGAGGACGACGAGAGACCAGAGUACACAUUCUCCUUUUACCUUCUCAUUGUUCUACACACUAUUGCCACUGUCUUCUUUGCCACAUUCAAUGGAAAAUAUCUUCGAUACGAACACGAGCUCGAGAAAAAGGAUCAAGAAGAAGCAGCCAAGCAAAAUAAGACCGGAACGACACAAGCAGCAUUCCACCCUUUCUAUAAUGGAGCUGACGAAACCGACAGCUCUUUUGCAUCAGAGCGUCAGCCUCUUGUAGGCGCCUAA